AAUGCGGAAUUCGGGGAGGGUGCGCGGAAGGGUUGUGGGCAAGAGGCCGGGCGUCACAGGUCCUGACAGGGAAGAAGUUGGCAGGUCCUGACUGGGAAGAGCUGUGGCAGAGGCACCUCCGUCCAUCCAGCCAGCUGGUGUGAUGGAAUCGCAGGUCGCGGCCGCUGGGGCUGCAGAGACCGAGGCAGAGGCGGGCAAGCGUUCCACGAUUGGCAGCGCCAGCCAGGGGUCGCUGGUCUCGGCGCCCAAGGGGGCUGUCCGGUGGAAGCUCCUGCGGCAGGUUCUGAAGCAGAAACAGCUGGAUGACGGUCUGAGACAUGUAUCUGUGAGAAGAUUUGAAUCGUUUAAUCUGUUCUCGGUCACAGAAGUCAAAAAAAAGGGAACUGAGAAAGAGGCUGGUGUGUGGGUCCAGUACACAAGCAUCUUUUAUCCUGAGUACAGCAUCUCCUUAAGGCAUAAUAGUGGAUCCUUGAAUGUCGAAGACGUACUUACCAGCUUUGACAACACAGGAAAUGUUUGCAUCUGGCCGUCUGAGGAGGUUCUGGCUUACUACUGCCUCAAACACAGUCAUCUAUUCAGGGACCUUGCUGUGUGUGAGCUAGGGGGUGGCAUGACAUGCUUCGCUGGGCUCAUGUGCCUGCUGUGGGGAGUUCGGAGGGCGUGGCUGACAUGCAUAAAGGUAGCCGGCGGCAUUGCUAACAGACCUGGUGAUGUGAACAGCAUCAUCGCAAGCAAUAAGAAGACUGGCGUGUUUAAGACUCCGAAAGUAUCAAGCCGCGUUUUACGAUGGGAUAAUGAGACAGACGUCUCUCAACUGGAAGGACAUUUUGACAUUGUUAUGUGUGCUGACUGCCUGUUUCUGGACCAGUACAGAGCCAGCCUUGUUGAUGCAAUAAAGAGAUUACUCCAGCCCACAGGGAAAGCAAUGGUAUUUGCCCCACGCAGAGGGAGUACUUUCAACCAGUUUUGCAAUCUAGCUGAAAAAGCUGGUUUCUCUCUCCAAAGACAUGAAAAUUAUGAUGAGCGCAUUUCAAACUUCCACUCCAAGUUGAAAAAAGAAGGGUCAGACAUAUAUGAAGAAAAUCUCCAUUACCCACUUCUGCUUAUUUUAACCAAAACGAUAUAGAAGAUGCACAGAGAAUGAUUUCCACAGUGUGAGAAGCCGGCCACCGCUCCCCUGGGACUCAGGGCUCCACCCACUUUCGAACAUUCCACAUCCUGGAACUCCGCCCAUUACUCCGGCCCUCCGCAGCUCUCCCACAGUUUCUUUUUAAGGCAGCUUGUUGCUCUUCUGUACCAAACCUUUGUGUGUUUUUAUGUGUCAACAGCCUGUCUGAGAUCAGAAUUUGACUUGUGGAGCAAUCUAAAUAGUUUUCUCUCUAAAGCACAAUUUCUUUUGAUGAUUUCCACCUGCCCCCCCCUCCUUUUUUUAAUUGCCUUUGUUCUGUUUGGUAAUAGUAGUCUUUAUCUGUAAACACAGAAAGCAUUACCAUUCAUUUCUGGAUAAAUAAAUAAAUCUCAUUUUUCUGAUGUCCCAA